GUGUGUGUUGUGGUGGUGUUGUGACAUGCCGUAGAAAAAGCGGCUACACGGGUGACUCGCAUUCGCGGUACCGUAUCGUACACCGUUCGCGGCCCGUGCCCAGUCUGCUUUUUUCCGAUACACGAACUGUGCGAAACGCUUGUGCUGACACUUUGUGUGAUGCCAGCCGUACUCUUGCUCCGGGAUUGCUCGCCGUGAGGCGGCCGCCGAUCGUCCGGUAAACGGCAGCACUUGCACGAUAACGAGGGCACCUCCGAUCAACAGCGUUCGACGCGAAGCUGGCUGACAUGGAGAACUGCAACGCAGAAGAGGAGCAUAUCGUGAUGACACCCCGGAAGAAGGCGGAGGGUCAGACGAACAUCAAGAUGGAGCGGGUGGCCCGGCAAGCACUCGACAAGGGCAACGUGAUGCACGAGGCUGGCGGUGACCACCGGGGCAUCGUCAUCAACCGGCUCGCCAGCAGGGAUGACGAUGAUGAUGAUUCACCGGAGAUCUCACUGGAAUUUCGUGUUUUCCUCACCAAUGUGGUAACUGAAGUCCAUACACGAGAAAGCAGGGAGCUCAAAUUCUGGUUCAAGCCAGGAGUGACCAAUGACCAGCGCCACUCGGCCCAGGAAUUUUUCAAGGAACUGGUCAGCCCCAGCGACUUUCCCAGAGAUUACGUGGGCUUCAUAAAAAAGAUCAUGAAGCUGAUGCAGAUAAAGUAUGUCAACAUGCGCAAGGUGGAGAUUGAAAUGCGUCAGCUGGAGAACAUUACCGAGCCUCCCCGACGGCCCAUGUCUCUGGAUGACAGCACACUUGAGGCCAAGAUGGAGCUCACUCAAGAGAAAGUCCUGGAAAUUAUAGAGUCAGCUUAUCCCAACCCUGUGUCCCUCGCUGAUCUCGCCAAGAACACCAGCCGUGCCCCAGAAGAAGUUCACUUGCACCUGCGUGAGCUACUGUCGAAGAACCUCAUCAGAAUGGAGUCCGGGAGCUUCACUCGUGUGGUCCAGAAUGACACUGAGGUGAAGAUGGUUCGCCAAAUGCCCACGGUGCAUGGCUCCCAGCAGCCGACCAUUGCCAUCAUCACGGCCCAGUACUGUGAGAAGCUGGCUGUUGAUGUCAUGAUUGAGAACAAGAACACCUUUGUGCGCUACAAGACUGAAGGCGAGUCCAACGUGUACACCCUGGGCAACAUUGGUGCUCACCGAGUGGUCUCCACAAAGCUACCGGCGGUUGGCCAUUCCCGGGCAGCGAUCAUAGCUGCCGGCAACACGACCACACGUCUUCUGGGAACGUUUCAGAAAGUCGACUAUGUCUUCCUGGUUGGUGUUGGAGGCGGAGUACCUCACUAUACCGACCACACCCAGCACGUGCGCCUGGGUGACGUGGUAGUGUCAGCACCGAAGCGAGCGCCCACUGCCACCAAUGGCAACACCAAUGGUGGCACCAAUGCCACGGCAGGCCAGCACGUGUACCUGUUUGCCGAACAACAGCAUCGCUCUCCCGACAAUCCGCCUGGCAGUCGUGAGCCCUCGCCAACAGAGCUCGCCUACAGCGUCAAAACAUGGUGCCCGCCUGAGCUCAGGCUACAGGAGCUGGCUGAAAAGAUGUGGCAGCAGGGCUCAGCAGACCCCGAGCUGCGACCCUGGGAACACUACAUUGAAGACGGCCUGCGGGCUCUGGCAGACCAGGAGUCGGAUUUUGCACGACCCCCAGAGUCCUCGGACCGCUUGUACAUGUCCAUCGGAGCGAAGGACCUCAUCGAAGUGGCUCACCCAGCUCCUCCACCAGGAGCAUCCGACCACAGACUUCCAGGGCGGCCAGUGGUGCACUUUGGGAGCGUGGCCUCGGGGCUGGGCAUCGUAGUGCGAGACGACACCCGUCGGCACGCGCUGGCUGAGGAGUAUGGCGUGCGAGCGUUUGAUACAGGCUUCGACACCGUUGUCGAGUCUAUCUACGGCAACCGUAAGGACCACUAUGCCUUCAUUCGUGGCAUCGCCGACUACAAGGACGGCAGCAAGGGCCGCGAGUGGCAGCCAUACGCUGCGCUUGCGGCGGCCGCUUUCAUGAAGGCCGUUGUCUGUGCCCUUGAUCCCUCCGAGGAGGACUGAGUGCUGCCCUCUUCACGGUGCAUAUUCUCCUUGAUUUUUAAAGGUUUCUCUGAUCGCAUUCUUACACUGCAACUGUUUUGUGACAAUAAGUGAAGCAACUUGCCGCUUUGCACCCUAACAUUGUUGGAGCGCUCUUGCUAGAGGGAAGUACACGAAAAAGAGGCAAUUUGGGCUCUUUGCACAGUCUUAAAUUUCGAUAACAUGUCUUGGUGUGAAACAUUGGCUAUUUGUGAAUUGGCAAAGUACAGCUCAGUAGCUAUAUCUAUUCCCUCCACUAGAUGGAUUGAGCAGUUAGUGAGCAGCACACUUAGGUGUAUUAAGCUUUUGUUGUAGAACAGAAUUUCAUUGCACUAUAGAACUUUUAAAAUGUUGCAGUCAAGUGUGUACAUCUACAUUAGACCUUACACCAAACACUAUAUGACCCUUUGUAUUAAAUAUUUUACAUAGACUGCCCCUGAUAUGUAAUGUGAAUACAAAAGAAAAGUAAGAUGUUCCAUUUUACUUGCUAAAAUCGGUUACCAUUGGGCGUAUAUGCAUGGCAGUAGCACAUACCAGAUCUCGGCCAUUCGGUUGCACAUCUUAUAUAUUGCACUUUGUAAGUGCAGGUUUGACGCAGAGCAGACGCACACUCUCUGUGAUCGACUACCGUGCAGUGUGCCUAUAUUCCUUGCACUGUUGCUCCUCUAUGUCGUUUGCCAACAUAUCAGGGGGCGCACAAAACUUCAUGAGUAUACUCAUCCGUGCGAGUCAAAUGCCCUCUGCAAGAUGGAAGAUCUCAUGUGGGAAGAAGGGAGUAAACUACUCUGACACUCUGAAAGCAGAGUGAAGGUUUCGUGCAAUUGAAUGCACUGCCUGCUUUUGUACAAAGGCAACCACCACGAUUUUAAUAAAGUGUCAGCAUUUUAGCUACCUGACGAGGACACCUUCUUGGGAAGUUUUUGAGCACAUCUGUUGGCAACAUGUAGUGAGGGUCCUAGCAAAUUUCGUAACACAAUACCUAACAGACAGCAUACAGUGGUUAACCAGUGUGUAGGGGUACAAGGCACUAGCCUAUAUUGAUCAUCUGAAGCUAAGAUACUUUUUCAGGUUGAAUGCCUCACAUAGCUGAGUAUAGUAAAGGCAGUUGUUCACUUUUGGCUUGACAUUGUCCAACGUUAUUGCAGCCUAUAUUUUUACUAUGUACGUAUACAGAAUUUUGGUGGGAAAGCAAAAAAUUUUUGCUUCAUUGCUCUAAAAUUUGUAGUACUUGACGAAGUGAUCUCACUUGAGGCAUUGUGUGCAAGAUGCCAGAUUAAUUUGUAGUAGCUGCUCCGAAAUGUACCCAAUAGUUUCUUAGCGAUUCCCUAAAUUACUGACCCUUGGUAACUCUUGGACACCACAAGCGUUUUAUUGCACCAUGCACACAUGACGUAAACAUUCGUGUUGUUGCAAAUCAUAUUGUUCAACAAAUUUUAUAACUCAAGGUCAUGUUUAGUUUUGUAGGCUAAAUGUGUUUCGUAGUGUUCACAAAUCAUUACAGCAGUCCUUCUCUGCUUGUAGCAUUCAUUGUACACCACUUGUAGCGUAUGCAAAUGCUAAGUGAGCAUACAACUUGCUCAUUGAAAGAUCAAGUAAGGGCUUUGACAUUUUAUGUACGGCUGCAGUAUCAAAUAAAAACUUCAUAGGCAUUUUGUCAGUUUUGAAGACUACGGCACAAUUUCAGUCUCUUAGGGAAGCUUUAGCACUAGCAUGCACUUUACCUAUAUGUCUCGAGAUGGUUGCAGUGUAUGAAUGCAAACUUGUGAAUAACUCUCCAAAACAGACUCAACCUGAGAGGGGAAAAAAGUCAUUUGAAGCACUGAGGUGUCUCUGAGCUGUAUUUUACUUGCGAAUUCUGUUUAUUUAGCAUGGGACCUGUUUGGAGAUAGGCAGCAUGCCAUGUGGACAGGCACUAGUCUGCUAUGCAUCUGCGUGAUUAUUUUGGUGAAUAUGCUGCUUGCAUGCUUUUCUUUGUGUGUGUUUGUGGUCUAGAUCUCUGUUUAUGAAGCUUCAAGCCAAAUAAUGCUCUUUGUGGGCUCAGCCUGAAGGUCACCUUGGCAGAUGGAAUUAGCAUAGAUAAUGCAUUAAGGCAAACUACAGUUUGCUUGGGCUCAAGCUACUGAGUUGGUCUGACAUUGUCUGAUUGCUAAGUUUUACUUGUCUUGCCAUCAUCCCGCAAGGAAGAGACUCGCAGGGUCCUUUCUUUUUUUGUAAGUUCAACUUUAUUUAUAACAAAGUCACAUGUGACGAAUAGUAACUUUGUUACAUGUCCAGUCUUUCUUGUUGGUGCAUAUUCGCUGCAGGUAAAUUUUGGAUUUACUUCGUGGCAUUUGGUAAUGUUUGUUAUUUUGAUGCUCAGCUACCGACGAUUCUGAAAGUAUCGUUUCAUGGAAAAGCGCUUGGAAAAAUGGGUUAUUUUUGUCUCUUCUUACCUUAGUGCCAGAAGCUCAGUGAACGCACGAUUUACCGACGGGCAACCGAUGUGCUGCAGGAAAUUAUGGUGCAGUUGGUACCUGAUACAACAGGAGACAAGCUGUUUGAACAGUAUCAUGAGACAAAUGCACACAAACUCUUAAAAGAGCAUGUUCAUGCAACUUCAGCCUAUUACAUUAUUACCUCAUGAUAAAACCUGCUUGAAUUGACGUCAACAAGUGGUUACUGUAUCUACUCAACUCCAGUGAGCACCCUUUAUUUUCUCCAGGCAUAUUUUAAGAAAUCGCUUGUGUACAUGUUGUAUUCAAGUAUAAAUAGGGGGUUAUAAUAUUGUGACAGGCUAUAGUCAAUCACAGGCAAUCUAAUGUACAAGCCAUUUCACAGUGCUAUUCUUAGACCUGUCGAACUUGCUGUGUUGUUACGUUCACGGUCUCAUUGCCUCUCAUCAACCCACAGAGCAGCCAUGCCUCUUCAGGUUGGCUCUAAAUGUCAAUGUCACGGUAUUCAACAGUAUUGUGGAAUUUCGAGAUGUCCUCACUCUGAACCUAGAACUAUGCCUGUAACGCACAGCCUGGUGAGCCGUGGUGAUGAAAUCGGCAGUACAUAAUGAGCAUCUUUGUUUAUGACAUCUCCCAUUUCUUUUCAUUAGGCAAAAGCGUCGGUGAUCUUCAAACACCCAAGUUUGUAUAUGGCUCAUUCUGAUGACGAAAGUGAUUGGAAGUGCCAGCAUUACUGAGCUUCAACUUGGUAAAUCUUGAAGCUGAACGGAAUGAAUACUGAGGCUUUGAUCUUUGUCAUUUUGAAUAUUGUCUCUUUUUUUCUCUUUUUUGCGCUUUUAGCAGGCAGUGUCCGCGGUGCAGGGGUUAAAAAUGACAACUUAUACGGCGUGUCACCAAUAGAAGCCGUGUAACUUCACACUUCCUUCGCUAUUAUGCUGGUUCACUCUGCAAUGUGUUUAAGAGAAAUGAAGUUUUUGAAAUAUUCUGAAAGGGGCCAAUGAGAGAAUAGUUUCUUGGGCCAUCAAUACUCGUAAAUGGGCAUGUGACAGCAAAAGUGAGUGAUGCCCAGUCCCAUGGUGGCUAGGAUGCAAUAAUGUUUUUUUUUUUUUUCCUAUCCAGUCGGAGCAAAUAACUUUCCCUGGCAUUUAAAAAAGAAAUUACUGAUUUGUGAAAUGUCAGAAGCGUUCUGUUUAUCAGUUAUUGAAGUUUGAAAAUUGAAUGCACAUAGCACUGCAGUUGAAGCAUUGAGUAUGCACAGUGAUCCGGAGGUUAAUAGAAUUCUCGCUUGACAUUCGCUGCUACUGGCACUUUUAAGUGGUACCCCUCGCAUGUCUCUGCUGUCUUCAUUUUCAAGGUGUUAGAGGAUCAGCUUGGAUAUAUGUUGAACAGUCAAUGCAAACAACUUUUAGCGAAGCCGAUAUCAACAUACAGAGCAUCUUAUUAAAAAAGUGUAACUGGGCACUUUACAUACAGGUUGGAGCUGAGCUGCAGUUAGCUGGGUCAUGAAAGUUAAGAGCGAAGAACAAAGGGGCACCGUUGUUCUUGUUGUACCUGCAGAGCAAUAUAUGACAUUUACGUGUUGUGCAGUCAGGGCAGGGGAUGUGGAAUCCACGCUUGUAUGCUUGAGCUUCGAUAUAACUACUAUCAUGCUCUCUCGCUAAACUAGCAGUUUGUUUUGCCACUGGCACUGGUUUGCUCUGUCCUCGCAUUGAGAAAGCAUCGUGUGAGAUUUCUGCAGUUGCAGUAGCCAUCUUUAUAGCAACGACACCUUUGGCCGUAGCAACUGUGAAAGUGUGUCCAUGUCUCAAUGUACAUACAAACUGUAGUUGCUGCACUUUUCAAGUUCACAACCACAGAUGACUUGGUUUGCUUUGUAACCGCUAGAGGAGCAUUGUUGCAGGAGUGUAUAGACUUUUAUUUGCAGGAUUCAUUUCUGUUUUUUUUUUCUUACUCUGCUGUGCUACUGUUGUCUUCUCUUGUUUGGGACCACUCUCUCACCUCGUCAUGUUAAGUGGAAACUGUUUUGUGUUGGUCAAGUAUCUAUUCACAAGGUUAUGUUCCAUGUGUGUCACAAAAAGAGUAUCUAAUGCGAAGAUCAGGCUGUAAGGGUAUUCAUCAUUGCAAUCUUUAACUAGGGGACAUUAGAGUUGAAGCACUAAAUUUGCUUAAAAUACGGAAUGCGGUCUUAAAAACCUUUUUUGUACUUCGGUAGCAAAGGAGAAAGUUGAUUACGAAAAGAGGAAAUGCUGUCACACUGUCUCAGUGGAGUGUCAAAAGUUUCAUUGUAUCCUCACCUCAUAAACACAGGAAAGACGUUUGGAAGCUACUCAGGCUUAUUGUUACCUACAUUUGAAUGCAGCACAAAAUAUUUAUGCUGUCGUAAUUGUUAACCAAUCAUACAGUGACACUUUGACGUCCACAUCACCACAAAGAGACUGUAGUCAGUCGCCACCUAAUAAUGCAUUGGCUAGUACAACUUACAGAGAAUUUGAAUGGCCAUGUCAGGCUCUUCUGUUUCCCUGGCCUCAAGCUGUAAGUACACUCAUUUCAACUAGAGCAUUUCUUGACCAGUUUGCACCAAGUCUUCAAUUAAAUGGUUAUUGAUUAUUGCUAAAGACUAUCAAGGUGGCAUUGUCGUACAUUUUUUUUUUUCUUGACAUACUUCCGGACUUAUUUCGCUUGAAAUAGCAGUAUCUGACAUAACCUAAUGUUUUCUUUCAGUCUUUCUCUGAAGAGCUUUAGUCAAGGUGCACUGCAUUUACUCUGUAGAUAAAGAUAAAUUAGUUCUUUGCAGUGAAAAUUGUCUUUACGGCUUGGUUACAAUUUCAGCACGAGCAUUGGUGGCCUUGUAAACGUGUGUUCCUGCACCCUGCACUUUAUGGUCAAUAUACAUGCACAAAAUUCGGUCUUUAAGGACUGAAUUAUUAGAUCAUGCAGAGAGAAAUAAUGUGCAGCCUUAUAUUUCUAAUACCAGUGUAUUUUAACUCACCAGUACCCAGGUUUUUUUUUGUGUGUUGUGAUUUUAAAGGAAGGUUAGGCAAGGUUACAGCAUAAAGGUAAUGCACUGCCUCCAACUUGCAUUUCUGGGCACCCAGUUUGACGAAGGGGGCAAUAUUCACAUCGAUGAUUGACGAAAGUCCCGUAACCGGUAUUCAAGGAGUUACUAGCAAUAACCGAUGCUCGCAACAGGAUGAGCAACCUGCCUGUAACCGCAACUAAGUACCUUACGACCAGUGUUGUUCACAUACGCUCAGCUCGUGCCAUUAUGGUUGCAUAAACAAGAUCGGCAUAUUCUGCCACCAUGCUCCAGCAUCUGCUGCUGAUUAGUUGGGGGGUUUUAUCACUAAAGGACAGGCUUUAUCAAAUAUGAAAUUAAAAAGAAAAGCAAAGAGUUGCUUUGCUAUCAGGAAUGACCACCACUUACAUCCAGUUUGGUCAUGUGAGCUCUGUGACUCAUUGAUGCAGAUGUUGCCCGAAAUAGGCAGACUGUUCUUUAACACGAGCUGCCAACAGUAGUUUUUUUUUUUUUAGGUUCUGAUGCCAGUUUUCUUUUUCUGAAUUUAUUCGUGAGUGCAAAAUGUGCUUGUUCCCCUGUCUACUGUAUGGGUAGUGCUGAAUUGAUAACACACUGAUGCACUUGGCAUGGUAUCUAAGGGAAGGCUCUGAUUUUAUUUUGCCUUCACAUGUGAGAGCGACGCGUCAGCAUGUGCAUUAGCUGUGGUCUUACUGAGAUUGAUGAUUCCUUGCAAUAUGUAAAUACGACUGGUCUCACUGUGCCAAAGGUGUAGAUUUCGAGGUUAUAUGUCUGCGUUGAAACACACGCUUCAGAUGUGUAGUAGGCUGUACAUGGUCUGCUAAUCCCUGAACGAUGAUGAGCCUACAGCUGUGUUUGCCUGAGCUAGUUCUUAACAUAAAUGCUUUAGCAAUGAUGCAGCAAAAAACCAACUGGCAGCUAAUGGCACGCAUUUUUGCUGCAUACAUGACCUUGCUAAUGCUUGUGGAUUACUCAUAUAUGCCAGGAAUGCUUAUGCAGUGUUGCGUGGCCGGCAUAGAAUACGUAAAUUGUGGUGCUUUGAGAAGAAGGUGAGAUAGUUAUUGCUUGCAUGGUGCUCUUAUCAGGAACUGUGAAGUUCGAUGUGAAAAUCGAAACCAAGCUCGAAAGUUGAGUUAUGUGCUGUGCUAGAGAAAAAGGGUCUUUAAUGACAGCCUAACUGCAAAAAGAUUACCAUCUUUUAAUUGCAGCAUUUAUUUGUGUUGAAGAAAUUUCAGUUUAAGUAGAAUAUGGUUAUCAUUGGCAGCUGAUGAAAGCCAUCUGCGCACUCUUGCCUAACUUGUGCUUUUGAGAUGUAGUGUCAUUGCAGUGGACAGAAUGUCCGAAUUGCCAUUGCAGCAUUCCUAGACUAAAAGACGGGCAAGUUUAUUUAUAUAAAGGAAGAAUUAUGUGAUUAGGUAUGACUUUCUUGUAUAGUUGAGAGCACAUACUAAUUGUCUUUAAUGUCUAGCAACUGUGCCAUUGUGCAGACCUCAUAAAUUUUCUUCUCAACUCUCACCUACUGGGACAUAGAUUGGCAGCUUUAUGCUUCUCUUACAGCAUGUGUCAAGACUUGUAUUGUGACAAAGGCAAACAGAAAAAAGUUUUGGCACACUUUGCAUUGUUUGUUCAGUUCUGUAAAAUUCUGUUCUUGAUAUCUUUGCAUACUGUCUUUUUACUUGAGUCGCAAUUGUAGUCAACUGCACAUAUCUUCUUUGUGAUCUAUAAAGAAUAGAAAGGAAACAUGACUCGAACAGACACAGUGACAUUAUGGUGAUUGAGUUUUUAUGCGAUUUCUUGCCUUCAAUAUUUAAUUGCGGGAAGUACUCUUCAUGCUCUCUGCAUUUGUGUCGUGUCUUGCCUUUGAGAGAACUCACUAGAGCUCUGUAUUGACUGCUGUUUAUGCUGACUCCGAGGAAGACCAGCACCACAGUUGGUUAUGUUGCGCACUGUGUUUUAAGCCAUCGCUCUUAGUCAAACCAGAACCUUUGCUUGCCUUCACUUUGUAAACACAGUAAGUAGUGUCUGAAACAUUCCUUACGUGUUAGUGGGAGUUCACACGGAAAUACAAAGGUGUCCAGAAUGUAUAUUAAACGAGCCAUUGUAUGACGUUGUAGGGUUGUUGUAGGAUAUACGCCUGUAUAUGUCCGACAGUUGUAUCACGCAGGAAUGUUCUUGUAGUGUAAGUUUUCCUCAGUCGUUAGAAGGGAAAUUCUCACAGCAGAACUUCAAUGUUGUUUUGAGACUGCUAUAAACCCACUCUUGCUGCAGGCAUUGAAAGAUGCAUUUUUCACUAGCUGGAAUAGGUAGCAUAUUCCGUAAAGGUGCCCAGAACAAACAUCACGUAGGCUUGAUUGACAGUGUCUUCUCAUGUCCGAGGAAAACUUGGAACCGAAGGAAAGAAAGCUUAACUGCAAUUUAAAUGCUCAUCUGCUCGUUAAGCCAAAAAAGUAGAGUAUAUAUAGGUAAUAAAGAUAUAUAUAUAUAUUACUGCUAUAGUGUGCGAGAUGUGCUGGCAUAUGUGUAAGGCUGGCAAAUCUCAUUUGUUUUGGGAAUGCAUGGUUUUCUUCAUGUGUGCUCUACGAACAAACUGACAUAUGACCACUCAAUCUUAUUUUUGUAAAAGUUGCUUGUUUUACUAGGGUUUCGUUGUGCAAACAAGACUCGAGUUGUGGCACUGCACGUGUCACAAUUUUCGUUUACCUUUCCUGUCUCCUGUACUGCAAGUGCUCCUAUAGAGAUAGAAUAAAGACGUUAAUAUAUUCCCCGCGCAAA